AUGCAUGAAGCGUAUGGAGAUUCCCGGUUCUGCUUCGUCCCCCGAGGCAAGUCUGGGUGGUCACUGCGCUUCUUCGAGGUGCUCUUUGCCGGAUGCAUCCCGGUGAUGAUCUCUGACAAGUGGGAGUUGCCAUUCGAGGAUUUCCUGGAUGUUACGCGCUUUGUGAUCAAGUGGCCCUCGACACAGAUUGGGCCGCAGCUGCUGUCAUAUCUGCGGUCUCUGCCGGACAGUGUGGUGCAAAACUACAUGGACGAGGCUGCAGCACUGUGCUACUGGCAGAACGGAUACGGUGCUGGCUCGCUGGCUGCACUUGUACUUCUACCCGCCAAAGGCUCCGAUGCCCCAAAUGUGAGCAUGCUCAAAGAUGUGUUGCGCCAUGGGAUACAGGUCGCAAUCAAGAGCAAUUGCAACAAUCCAACAGCUUCCUUCCGUUUCAUGGGCGACCGCUAA